GGAGCGGCAGCCGGCAUGGGGGCCGGGGCGCUGGCCGUACGCCAAAGCAAAUCGGCUGUGAGAUUGAAGGAGGACAUGAAAAAGAUAACUGUGCUUCCACUGAACAAGCAGAGGGACACGACCUAUCCAAAGGUGUUUGGUGUGAGUCUUGUGGAGCUCCAGCAGCAGGGACUGAGCAAAAAUGGAAUCCCCAUAAUUGUGUGGAAUAUAGUGGAGUACCUCACCCAGCAUGGUAUGACACAGGAAGGUCUCUUCAGGGUGAAUGGCAGCAUGAAAAUGGUGGAACAGCUGCGUCUGCAGUAUGAGCGUGGGGAAGAGGUGGAACUCGUUAAAGAUGCUGAUGUGUACUCAGCAGCCAGUCUACUGAAACUGUUUUUGAGAGAGUUGCCAGAUGGCAUUAUCACAUCUGCCUUACAUCCCAGGUUCAUUCAGCUUUACCAGGACAUUUCUAGAAACGACACGCAGAAGGAAAGUUACUUGAAAGAACUCCUUAAAGAACUGCCUGAUGCUCAUUACUGCCUGCUGAAGUACCUGUGCCAGUUCCUGAUAAAGGUUGCUGAACAUCAUGUAGAGAACAGGAUGAAUUUAUGCAACCUUGCCACUGUAUUUGGACCAAACUGCUUUCACGUGCCCUCUGGAUUUGAAGGGAUAAAGGAACAGGAGAUCUGCAACAAGAUAAUGACAAAAAUGCUGGAAAAUUACAAUACCUUGUUUGAAUUAGAAGGUUUGAAGAAGGAUGAAGAAAAGCCUGUAUGUGAAGAGCUAGCAAGAAUAUUUUUGGUAAAAAUGACCAAACCCCCAACGGAACGAUCCAGCCAAACGUGCCUAUUGCCACAGCCAGGCCAGUCAGAAGGAAUACCUCAAGUCAGCCUCCGAUUAACAGACAGUGGCUCACAUGGGAAGGAGCUGGACUUAGCAGAUGAAAUCUCCUUUGUUAACAAUGAUGUAUUUUUCUCCAGUUCCCAAGAAGAUGAGCGGCCUAUGUCACCCUUCUAUGUGAGUGCACAUGUAUCACAAGUCAGUAACAACGUUCCUGCUACAGGAGAGUAUUUAGAGAAGACAAUCCGCUCAGCAGUGGAGCAGCAUCUCUUUGAUGUUCAUGGCUCAGGUGGCCAGAGUUCAGAGGACUCUGAAUCCGGGACAUCUUCAGCCUCUUCUAAUGUGUCUGCCAGGCAGAGGAGGCGACAUCACAAAGAGCAGGAGGAAGCCCGGAGAAACAGAGACAUGGAAGUUGUCAACAAGGAAAACAUUCCCUCUGGAUUCAGCAGUCUUGAAGAUUGUAUUCUAGCUGCUCAAGAUGUAGAAAAAUUACAAGACACCAACUCUGGAUACCUUAGUGAAAGGAAUAAAUCAAAACGGCAGAAAUCCAGCACCAAGCUAUCAGAGCUUAAUGACAACCAGGACAGUCCUGUGAGUAUGGAAAACUUUAGCUCAUCCAAGCCUGUAGACAGAGCAGGACCUGAUGACAUGGAAAUUUUAUCUGAAGAAAGCAAAGAAAGUGAAAACGAUGAGGUUUUUUUCAGCCAUUCUCAGCUGAAUUCAAGUAUGAAGAUUCAAGAACAUCCAAGCAUGCCUGAAAACAAAUUGCAAAGAAAUCAAGAUGCUGAUGAUCAGGAAAACAGCUUUGUAUCUGAAGUGCCUCGGCUGGAUUUAACAUCACUGUGUGAUGACAGCAACUGGGAAGAGCCCAUCCCUGCUCUCUCCUCAUGGCAGCGAGACGGCUUAGACUCAGAUGAGGCUCGCCUUUCCCCGCAGGCCGGGCGCUUGAUUCGCCAGCUUCUGGAUGAGGACAGUGAUCCCAUGCUGUCCCCUCGCUUCUAUGCCUACGGACAGAGCCAGCAGUACCUGGAUGAUACAGAAGUGCCUCCUUCUCCUCCCAAUUCUCAUUCCUUCAUGAGGAGACGGAGUUCAUCUUUAGGAUCUUAUGAAGAUGACAGAGAAGACCUUACCCCUGCACAACUCACCCGGAGGAUUCAGGGGCUGAAGAAAAAGAUCAGGAGAUUUGAGGACAAAUUUGAAGAGGAGAGGAAAUACAGACCUUCCCACAGUGACAAAGCAGCCAACCCUGAAGUGCUCAAAUGGACAAAUGAUUUGGCCAAAUUCCGAAAGCAGCUGAAAGAGUCAAAACUAAAGAUAUCAGAGGAAGACCUUGGCCCUGUUGUGCGUCAGCGCAGCAACACGCUCCCCAAAAGCUUUGGCUCUCAGCUGGAGAAGGAGGAGGACAAGAAGCAAGACCUGUCAGAUAAAUCUGCCAAACCUGCUGUGGAAGUGACCCUUGACUCCAUCCAGAAGAAGCUUCAAGAGAAACGAGCAGAGACAAAUCGACCUGAAGACAUUAAGGACAUGACACGAGAUCAGAUAGCAGCUGAAAAAGUGGCUCUUCAAAAAGCUUUGCUGUAUUAUGAAGGGAUUCAUGGCAGACCGGUUACCAAAAAUGAACGGCAGGUGAUGAAGCCGUUGUAUGACAGGUAUCGCUUGGUCAAACAGAUCCUCUCCAGAGCCAACACUAUCCCUAUUAUUGGUUCCCCCUCCAGCAAGCGGAGAAGCCCUUUGCUGCAGCCAAUUAUCGAGGGCGAAACAGCUUCCUUCUUCAAGGAGAUAAAGGAAGAAGAGGAGGGGUCUGAGGAGGACAGCAAUGUGAAGCCGGACCUCACCAUUACCAUAAAAACAGAUUUCAGUGUGCGCAGCUUCUUGGAUCAACUAGAAGAUGACGCUGAUGGCUUUGUUUCCCCAGUGGAUGAUAAGAUGCCAUCUAGGAGCAGUCAGGAUAUGGGGCUUUCAAAUCUCCAUGAAGCAUCCAUCCCUGAACUGUUAGAGCAGCUUCAAGAAGUCAGGGAAGAGAAAAAGCGAAUCAGAAAAAAAUUGAGAGACUUUGAAGACAACUUUUUCCGACAAAAUGGAAGGAAUGUGCAGAAAGAAGACCGCACUCCCAUGGCUGAAGAGUACAAUGAAUACAAGCAGGUUAAGGCCAAGCUGAGGCUGCUGGAAGUCCUGAUCAGUAAGAGAGAUACUAGCUCCAAGAUCAUGUAA